AUGCAUGUCCUCAAGACCCUCGCCCUUCUAAGCGCCACCUCGGGCGCCCUCGCCUUCAAGGUCCGCGCCUUCACCGGCGAAAACUGCUCGGGAGACGCCAAAGAAAUCAACGUCUGGGACAACACCUGCCGUGACGAAAACGUUCCUGCCACUAAAUCCUACCGCGUGCUCGCCUACGGCGCGGGCCGCCAGAGAGCUGCCUUUUACGAAGGCGGAGACUGCAUUGGCGGAGGACGAUGGAAUGACUGGUGGGCUGAUGGUGGAAGUGAUACCUUCAAGAAGGAUGCGUGUAUUGACUUGGGCUUUACGUCUAAGGCUUUUGGGUCUCGCUCUGUUUAG